AUGUCUGCUCGUCUGAGCUCAACUGCUCCCCAGGUUCAUGCUCGGAUUCGUGGCGCACUCCACGACAUUGAAAUGCGCCGUCAGCAGAAAGCCCCUCCAAACCAGCUCGAUGUAAAGACGAAUACUUCACAAGGCCCCGCUCCCGCUGAUAAUGAUCCUAACAAGGACCUCGUGAACAGGCUGAUUACCGAUAAUAAGGCUCUCUGGGACCAAUUACUUACCAACACGUUCCCCGCGCUGAAGAUGGGUACACUGAAGCAAGGCGACCCCGGUUAUGACGAAGCAGUCAAGGGCUUCAAAUGGUACAUGAUACAAGACUUCAUGUACUGCACUCGGGAUGUCGGGUAUCAGUCUGACCGAGCCGUGCAGACUGAUGACGUGUUUGAGUACGUAUCCAUAAUCCAAAAGGCUCAGAAGUAUUGCGACUACGCCAUCGAUUCUUUGGCGACCUGCGUCAAUAAACCAGACGCCGACGUGCCGGGCCUAGGCAUCGACCCCAAGAUUGUUUUCAAAUCCAAGCCAACAAGCACCUUGAAUGACUAUACCGACUUCCAGCACAGUAAGGCCGAGCACGAAAACUGGUCCUACUAUCAGAUCGCAGAUGCGCUGUCGAAAGACCCGAAGGUAGACAAGACUGCGCCUUGGUAUAAAACGUUCAUCACCGCCAACCUGAGCCCUAAAAGUGUCAACGAUCAAAUCAAAUUCUUCCAAGAUUAUUAUGAGGGCUGGAAAGAUCAUUACGAGGAGGCUAGCGACAUCUUCAGACAAGCAUGCAUAGGCGAGAUCAAUCUAUGGGGCGUCACUGCUAACCCACCCAAGGAUAUCUAA